AUGGCGGUACUCAGCCACACGCGGAGGUUCCCAAGCCAAGAACUGGAAGAGAAAGAAUACCACUGUUUUCCGCAGAUUCCGUUAAAUUUAUGCUUUUUUCUUGUUAUUUUUGGUUCGUUGAUUGUUAUGUGUCAUGCCGAAAUAACAAGGUUGUUUAUAUUUACCAUUUUAAUGAUAGGAAAGGGUUUUGUCUUCUGGGUAUUUGUUCAAAUGCUAUAAGG